CGUUUUUUAAGCAAGCGUUUUUUGCUCAAUUGCUACAAGCCUAACAGUAGCUAUCUAUUAGCAACAUGUAAUGUAUUCUAUUUAUCACAAACGCUCAUUGAAUAAUAGGGAGUGAGUUGGUACUUGUCAUGCAAAACAUAUUUGUUUCUGUGUUAGCUCUUAUCACGCGAUCAAGCACUUGCGUAAUCCCCAAACUGCUUGUAUUAAUACUGACCAACCUGAACGGUUCAUCGUUAUACGAACACCUACCAUCAUGUUGAGCGUACUGUUCUCAUUGCUGCUGUUUGUUUCAGUUACGCUGCAACUAAUGCAAAUCGACUUCGAACGAUUAGAGCAACUGGCAGGAUUCGAUAUCUACAACAGUUCCCUUCGUGUUCGUAAGUACAAUCGAACGGCGGUAGUAAUCAAUGGUACAAUAGAGCUGAUGGUACCGCUUAACGAAAGCGUUAUGGUAACGUCCGAUCUCUUCCAUAGCAGCCGUGGCAAUCAGCAGUUCAAUCACUAUCCAGUAAAGUUUCCUACCCAGAACGUGUGCGAGUUUUUGGAAAACUUUUAUACAGACUACAGCGAGUAUGUCGACGAUUUGGAUAACCUACCGGCGAAGGGCGAAUGUCCGAUUAAACCUUGCAAAAUCGACAUACUCAACAAACCGUUUCCAGCCAAAGCGGUACCUCCAUUUUUCCCAUCAGGACUAUGGAAGGCACAACUCAAACUGACGAUGAACGACGUUGAGAUUGCACGGUUUGAGCUGAUCAUCAAAGCUAGGCAAGAUCUCGGAAUCUGACCGCACCGUCCAUUCCGACGGUACCACUAGAACCAUAAAGAAUUUUUUUUUUUCGUCUCUGCAAUAAGAUGCGUAGUUUUUUUGAACAUUGUAUUUCCAUGUAACAUUUAACAUACUAACUAAAUAAAACCAUUAUGAACAGA